AUGGACCACAAGGCCCCCGUUAAGGACGGAGAGCGAGCCAACAAGACCUUGGCCCAGAUCGAGAACGACAGCGACGAGAAGUUCUACAACAGGCAGAAACUUCGUCAUCAGUGGGUGAAGUGCCACAUCAAGUAUGUCAGGUGUGACAGUUGCGAGAAGCUCGCUGGCGAACAGGUCCCCCACCAGAUAUGUGGUGCUUGCGCCGUCGCCAUCUGCCGCGACUGUGUCACCGCCGGUAAGAUGAAGCUCUAUCCCACUCACCCUCAGAAGAGUGUCGGCGAGCUUGACUGGAAGCCUGCUUCUGUCAUCUCCACCAAAAACAAGGCGGGUCAAGGCCCCGCGCAGGUCAACAACAUCGCUUCUGGCACCGGCUCGAGAGGUCAGCGCGACCCCGACAUGGCCACUCCCGUCCGGCAGAAUCCCGCCGGUCCUGCUGCUUCCUCGUUUAACGGCAGCAACACGCCCGUGUCGAAAGGUGCUUCGUCCCGUAAGGGAAAGGCAAAUGCUACAGCAGGCUUGGGCUCAUCCGGCGGUCCCAAGCAAAUUCAGACCUUCCUCACGAGCAACGAGAAUUCCUCGCUUAUUCUUUCCACCCAGACGAAGAAAAAGAACAGUACUGUUACUCUUUCCGACAGAGAUUCCGAUUCAGACUACGGUAUGGACACCCAGAGCACUAGCUCCUCUGACAAGGAGUACAUCCCGCGCACUGAGCUCGGCCGCAAGUCGUCUACUCCUUCCAAGAAGAGCACCAACGAGACCGCCUCUCCCUGUUCUUCUGUCAACAACCCCCCGGUUACUCCCGUUGGUCUUGCCAACUCUCGUCCUGUCCGCGCCUCUACCAUCCAGACGUAUGAGAAGAUGCGCCAAGCCAACGUCAAGAAGCAGCGUGACGUCGAUGGGUUCCCUGCCGCCUUUGACGAGGAGCAUAACACCAAGUCCGAUCUGAAGGUGGCCCCCUGCGUUCAUAACACGCGCUUCAAUGGUCACACCACUUCUGUUGAGAAUCUCACUGGCGGUGAUAAGACGGAUGGCUACGCUCAGCAGGGUGCUGUCUACGGCGGUACUGCCUUUCUCUACGCCUCUGAGGAGGCCCAACAGCUCGCUGGUUACGGUGUCAAGAAUCGCACCCAGACCUAUCAGCACAAGGGUUUGCCCCAGCUUCAUCCUGGUCCCGGACCAAGGGCCCAGUCGAAAACUAUCGAGUUCCUCGUCCCCCUGGUUACCUCGAAUGAUAAGAAGCGCGCCGCCGCCCUCAAGGCUGAGGCUCCAAGCCCCAAGCGCCAUGUCGCCUCAUCUCAGUCCUUCACUCCGGUCAGCAAGGCAGAGCUUUCCGCCGCAUCCACCAAGGCCAUCAAGGAGGCUGAGUCUUCGAUCCGUGCGAGCAUUCGACAGAUCACCCCUGCUGAGCGAGACGCCAACCGCGUCUUUGUCACCGCCGGCCUUGAUGGUCUUGCUGCCGCCAUUGAGCACAAGGUCCGCCUUCGCCUAUUAGUCACCGGUUUCCGCACCAUGCAAGAUGCAGAGAUCGAGCUGCGCAACGCCAUUCACGGGGCCUGGGUCAGUAACAUGGCCCUUACGCACAUCAAGCGCACCGACGGCGCCCUAGCCGCCAUGCAGAUUCUCCGUGGCUACGCCAAUCUCGUCAUGAUGAGAAUGCAGAUGAUUGGUAGCGGUCUCCUCAAGAACUGGAUCGACGCCACUGAGAAGGGUAUACAGGACAGAGCUGCCUUUGUCCCCAACGAGCUUCGUAUUCAGACCAUCGAGCCUGCCGUCCAGGAGGGCUUCAAGUUCAAGAUCGGAGAGGCGGACGUCUAUGUGGCCAACGUCUUAGCCGAGAUGAAAAACUCUACAAGCUGA